AUGUCACUACCAUCACUAGAUGAAAAUUCUCUGGAUGAUUUAUGCAAAUGGUUGAGUACUGUGCCAUUGUCAAAACCUAUAAAAAAUAUUGCUCAAGACUUCUCGGAUGGAGUACUGGUAGCAGAGCUAAUAGCACAUUUUCUGCCCCGCUAUGUGAACUUGACUAAUUUCACUUCAGUUAGCUCUAAAGCUUUAAAGCGGUACAAUUGGGAAACACUAAACAAGAUGGUAUUUGUACAUCUGAACUUCAGUAUGAAGAACAACUUAAUUCAAAAAGUGGCAUCAGGUCAGCCUGGUGCUAUAGAAUUCGUUUUAUUUCGCUUGCGUGAAAAAAUUGGGCAGGCCUUACAAGAAGGACGCUUUAGACCUGGCAGACGACGAAGUCAAAGUGCUGUAGGGAGAACUGGAAGUAAUCUUAGCAUAGAAGAAUUUAAUAGUGAAGCAGAAGUAAUGACGCGACCACCAGUACAUGAUGAAGUACAUGGAAAUCAUAUAAUAGCACCGAUGGAUUUAUAUCAUUUUCGAUGUGAUGACAACAUAUCCAUUUUAAUGCAGAAAUAUUACCAAUGCCAACGCAAUCUCUUAUCAAGGGAUGAGCAAAUACAGAAGCUUUAUGCUAGAAUUCGACAUCUAGAACGGUUAAGUCAGUUGAAGGAAGAACGAAUUCGAGAACUUACGAAGGAAUUGGAUCAAAUAACUUUAUUUCAAUAUAAAGAAAAGCAUGCUAACUUGAUAUUGCCAUUUUCUGUGGAUCAGAAAGAAAUCGUUACACCACCGGGUAGCAGUGAUGACCAAAGCUUUAUCACUAGUAAUUCGUUAUCUCCACGAGAAUCAGAUACCAAAUAA